UAUUGGUUCUGUGUCCUUCACCGGAGGGCGGGGAGAGAGAGAGAGAGAGACGAAGGGGAAGAAAGAAAGAAGAAAGGAAGGGAGGGCGAGAGAUGGUGCACAGCGCCUACGACUCGGUAGAGCUCCUAAAGGGGUGCCCGGUGAGGAUCGACGCCGCCGCCGCCUAUGGCUCCAAGCUCCUCCUUGGCUGCUCAGAUGCCUCCCUCCGAAUCUACGCCCCCUCCUCCGCCCCCCCCGCACCCCUCGCCAGCGGAGGCGGAGGGGGCGAUGAUGGCCCCCCGCCACCUGACGUCGAGAUCCGGAGGGAGCCUUACCUGCCGGAGAGGACGGUGUCCGGGUUCUGGAAGCGGGCCCCGCUGGCCAUGGAAGUGUGCCGGUCGCGGGAUCUCCUCCUCUCCCUGUCGGAGUGGGUCGCCGUCCACCGGUUCCCGAAUCUGGAGACGGUGGUGGCGAUCGGGAAGACGAAGGGCGCUCACGUUUACAGCUGGGACGAUAGGAGGGGGUUCCUCUGCGUCGGGAGGCAGAAGAGGGUUGCAAUUUAUCGUCUUGAUGGUGGUCGAGAAUUUGUGGAGGUCAAGGAAUUUGGUGUUCCUGAUGUGGUGAAAUCUAUGGCUUGGUGUGGGGAAAACAUAUGUGUUGGUGUUAGAAGGGAAUACAUGAUAAUGAAUAGUACAACCGGUGCAUUGUCAGAGAUAUUUUCUUCUGGAAGGAUUGCUCCUUCUUUGGUUGUUCCUCUUCCCACGGGAGAGCUUCUUCUUGGAAAGGACAACAUAGGAGUUUUUGUUGAUCAAAAUGGAAAGCUUUUACAAGAUGGCAGGAUAUGUUGGUCUGAAGCCCCUGCUUCGGUUGUUGUCCAAAAGCCAUAUGCUGUAGGUCGCCUACCAAGGCAUAUCGAGAUACGGUCCCUUCGAGCUCCUUAUCCACUAGUACAGACAGUUGGUCUUCGUGAUGUUCAUCUUCUUCUCCAAAGCAACAAUUCUUUAAUUACCACAUUAAGCAAUGCUGUUUAUGGUCUGUUACCUGUACCUCUUAUUGCACAGAUUGUACAAUUAACUGCUUCUGGAGAUUUUGAGGAGGCAUUGUCUUUGUGUAAGCUAAUUCCUCCUGAGGAUUCAUCACUUCGAGCUUCUAAGGAAAGCUUAAUACACAUAAGAUAUGCACAUCAUUUAUUUAAUAAUGGGAACUAUGAGGAGGCGAUGGAGCAAUUUCUAGCUUCCCAAGAGGAGAUCACCUAUAUUUUAUCCUUAUAUCCAUCAAUCAUUCUUCCCAAGCUGCAAACCGUUUCUGUACCUGAGAAAUUUGCAGACGCUAAUGAUGAAUUACAUCUCUCGAGAGUUUCAUCUGAUGCCUCAGAUGAGACAGAAUCAUCUUUGUCCCAGCACUAUGAAUCUGAUGAUAAAUCAACGCUUGAGAUUAAAAAAAUGAGCCACAAUGCUCUUAUGGCUCUUGUAAAGUUCUUGCAGAAGAAAAGACAAGGUAUAUUUGAAAGGGCUACGGCUGAGGUAACAGAGGAGGUUGUGCAAGACAGUAUAUCAUCUUAUGAGCCGUAUAGGUCAAAGAGCUCCAAUAAGAAAGGUGGUGGUUAUACCCAUAUCAGCUCGGUAGCCAGGGAAAUGGCAACCAUACUUGACACUGCUCUUCUUCAAGCCCUGAUUCUUACUGGACAAUCUUCAUCUGUGUUAGAGUUGUUGAAAGGUCCCAAUUUUUGUGAUUUAAAGACGUGCGAGAAGUUUUUGAUGGAAAGAAAUCAGCACACAUUACUGUUGGAGCUUUACAAGUAUAAUGGAAUGCACCGUGAUGCACUCAAACUUCUUGAUCAACUAGUUCAGGAAUCAAAUUCUGGUGAAACGCACUCCGAGCUGACUCAGAAAAUCAGGCCAAAUAUGAUUAUUGAGUAUCUUAAGCCUCUUUGUAGGACUGAUCCCAUGCUUGUAUUAGAGUUUUCAAUGAAUGUUCUGGAGAGCUGCCCAAGUGAAACUAUUGAACUCUUUUUGUCUGGAAAUGUUCCAGCGGAACUGGUGAAUUCAUAUUUGAAGCAGCAUGCACCAAACAUGCAGUCAACAUAUUUAGAACUUAUGCUUUCUAUGAGUGAAAAUGGGAUAAAUCCAAAGCUUCAAAAUGAGCUGGUCCAUCUAUACCUCUCAGAAGUAAUUGAUUGGUUCAAAGAUCUCAAGGAACAAAAAAAAUGGGAUGAGAAAACUUAUUCACCAACUCGUAGGAAAUUGUUGUCUGCUCUGGAUGGUAUUUCAGGCUACAAUGCAGCUGAUUUGUUAAAGCGGCUUCCACUAGAUGGUUUGUUUGAGGAGCGUGCAAUUUUGCUUGGGCGAAUGAAUCAGCACCAGCUUGCAUUAGCUCUAUAUGUUCACAAGCUUCAUUUACCAGAGUUAGCACUUGUCUACUGUGACCGGGUUUACGAGGCUGCACUUCAUCAACCUUCAAGAUCAUAUGCUAAUAUUUAUCUAACUCUUCUGCAAAUUUAUCUUAAUCCAAGGAGGGCAAUUAAGGAACUUGAACAAAGAACUGAAAACUCAUUUGCAGUAGUUGCACAGAGCACUGGUGUCCAAAAAUCUGGUUUUAUUAAAGUUAAGGGGGGCCGCCAGUCUAAGAAGAUUGCUGAAAUUGAAGGGGCAGACGAUAUGCGUAUCAGCCUCAGUAGCACUGACAGUGGACGAAGUGAUGGUGAUGCAGAUGAGAUGACCGAUGAGGGUGAUUCAGUAAUGUUGAGUCAAGCACUUGAUCUUUUAAGCCAGAGAUGGGACAGGAUAAAUGGUGCUCAGGCAUUGAGAAUAUUACCAAGAGACAUAAAGCUCCAGGAUCUGCUUCCUUUCCUCAAGCCCCUUCUGAGGAAAUCUACUGAAGGCAGCCGGAACCAUUCAGUUAUCAAGAGCUUGACAUCCAAUGAGAAUUUGCAGGUCAAAGAAGAGCUUUAUAAUUGUCGUCGAGCAAUAGUGAAGGUUGAUGCUGAUAGCAUGUGUUCUCUUUGCCAUAAGCGGAUUGGGAGCAGUGUUUUUGCAGUAUACCCCAAUGGAAAGACACUUGUGCAUUUUGUUUGCUUUAGAGAUUCCCAAAGUAUUAAGGCUGUUAGAGGUCCAGCAACAGUGAGGCGCACAUAAUCCAACCCCAUUUUCAACUCUGAAGCAAGCAUAUGACUUAUGGACCGAGGAAGGAUUAUGGUUCUGAUUUUGGUUUUCACUAAUGGUGUUCUCCAAGUGAGCUCAGUUUUUAUACAUUCCUUCUCCAAGCAAUCAUAAGUUCCAGAGUCCACAAGAGAUUGUCACUAUGACAUAGUCCGUGAACUAUAUAUAUAUAUAUAUAUCUUGGGAAGUGCUGGGAAAACCUGUGCAGUACUCACCAGUCAGCUACUUCUCAUCUUACAUGUAAUAGGUAUUGGGAUCAAUAAGAGUGCCAUGUUCUUGAUUUAAGAGUGUCAGACUUCUUGAAUUGUAAUGACACAGUGAGGUUUGCAUUCCCUCUCCCUAUUGUACAGUUUGUGAUCCGUGAGGUGGUUUGGGGCGUUCGGCUUUCUGAACGAAAAUAUUGUUUAAUUGGUUAAUGUAUUUGUUGUUGGAUUACUCC